GCCUCUGAUGAUGAUGUCGUCCUAAUGGAGGUAUUUGUUCAAUGUAACCAUCGUUACUUUGUAUACUGGGCGGCUGCUGAGUACGCGUACAAGGGGCUCCUCUUAGCUUUUGGUACGUUUCUUGCCUGGGAAACACGGAACAUCCAUGUGCCUAUUCUCAACGACUCCGUAUACAUUGGGUUUUGCGUGUACAACAUUGUGGUAGUGUGUGCUAUCGGUGUACCCACACAUCACAUCCUCAUGUUGGAGCAGUCCCUCCUCAAAUACAUUCUUCAAAAUAGCCUCACCAUCUUCUGCACCUCUCUAGUUCUCUGUAUCCUCUUUAUACCAAAGAUUUCUCUACGAAAUCAGACGGAUAACAUCAGAUUUGUGCCGACGUUAAAGGGGCAGUCUGGAAAUAACAACUCCACUGUAUCUCGCUCCACUUGUAUGUCGGCAGUAACCCAAA